AUGUGGAAAAAACACUCCAUCCUUUACCUUUUGGUUUUGGCCAUUGCAACAAACAAUGUAGUAUAUGGACAAAACAGAAGGAAGGGACAAAGGUUAAGUUCUCUAGCAAGAAAAGACAAUCUUCAGGAUUCUGUCUGUUUUAUUGACAUCAUCUUUGUUCUGGAUAGUUCUGAAAGUGCAAAGGGUAUAUUAUUUGAUAAGCAGAAAGAGUUUGCUAUCCUCUUAAGUGAUAAAGUCUUCCUCAUGAAGCCCACCCGUGUCCACAGGUAUGACAUCAGACUGGCCAUCAUGCAGUUCAGUAGUUCUGUCAGAAUUGACUGUCCUUUUUCAGCGUGGAGAAACUUGCAGAUUUUCAAGCAAAAAGUCAAUGAAAUGAGCUACAUUGGGCAUGGCACUUAUUCCUACUAUGCUAUUUCUAAUGCAACUCAGCUGCUCAAAGCAGAAGGUCGCAAAACAAGCAUCAAAGUGGUUUUGCUAAUGACAGAUGGUAUUGAUCAUCCCAAAAACCCCAACGUUCAAGACAUAUCAGAAAAGGCCAGAGCUCUUGGAAUAUCUUUCAUUACCAUUGGUUUGUCUAAUGAUGUCAAUAAAACGAAGCUGCAUUUAAUAUCUGGUGAUUCUUCAGGGAAGUCUGUUUUCAUUUUGAAUGAGCCCAGCCUUUCAGAUAAAAUAAGGAACCAGUUGUCCACUUUAUUUGAAGAGAGGUGUGGAAAGAGGUGUGAAUGUCAGAAAGGAGACCAAGGACCCUCAGGACCACCUGGUGGCCAUGGAGGAAGAGGGGAUAAAGGUGAACAAGGACCCAAGGGGCAAAAGGGCGAGGCUGAGAAAGGAGAACCUGGUGAAAAAGGUUCAGAGGGAAAUCCUGGAUAUAAGGGGGAAAAGGGUGACAGAGGGGAAUGUGGAACACCAGGAUUAAAAGGCGACAGAGGUCUAGAUGGCCCUUCUGGCCCCAAAGGACCUAGAGGACCUCAGGGUAUUAGUGGUCCAUCAGGUGAACCUGGCCCAAAAGGCAUUCAAGGAAACAAGGGAGAACCAGGACCAGCAGGUCCUUAUGGUCCUGCAGGAAUCCCCGGAAUUGGAUAUCCAGGACCUAAGGGUGAUAGAGGUCAAGAAGGAAGAAUUGGGUUUCCAGGACCAACUGGAAUUGGUGAGCCAGGCUUAACAGGGCCACGUGGUCCUGAGGGAUUGCAGGGUGAAAGAGGUCCACCUGGGGAAGGACUCCCAGGACGGAAGGGAGAUAAAGGUUCUGAGGGACCUGCUGGACCAGUUGGAGCCCCGGGCCUAUCCAUCAAAGGAGAUAAGGGUGAACGAGGAUUGGAAGGAGUGCAGGGCCCAAUGGGACCGCCUGGAACUGGCAUCCAAGGAAAUCAGGGUAUUCAAGGGGUAAAAGGUGCUCCUGGUGUGAAGGGGUCACGAGGAAUAGGACUGCCUGGACCAAAGGGAGAAUUGGGACCAUCUGGACAAAAAGGAGAUAUAGGAGCACCAGGAAUUGGGCAGCCUGGACCUAAAGGAGACCCGGGAAGAUCAGGAUUUCCAGGAGAAAGUGGGAAACCAGGAAUACAGGGGAUACCAGGAAAAAAGGGAGAACAAGGACCAUCUGGUCCAAGAGGCCCAGAGGGAAUUCCAGGGAAAGGGGACUUGGGUCCAAAGGGAGAAUCUGGAAUCAAAGGUGACAUUGGUUCUCCAGGACCUUCAGUACGUGGGCUACCUGGCCCCAAGGGUGAACAAGGAUACCCAGGCCCUCCUGGAAAUGAUGGAAACCCUGGACAUACAAUUGUGGGACCUAAGGGUGCUCCAGGUGUUAUUGGACCUGCCGGACCGCCCGGGGCCAAGGGGGAUGGCUUUCCAGGCCCAUCAGGACCUCAAGGAUUGCCUGGCUUUCCAGGACCAAGAGGCCUUAAAGGAGCUGGUGAUCCGGGACAAAAGGGAGAACAAGGAGCACGAGGACCACCAGGACCUCCUGGACAAAGAGGAGUGGGAAUACCUGGGCCAAAGGGUAUUAUGGGGCAAAAGGGUUUUCCUGGAUCUCCAGGUGCUCCAGGAGACAGCAUACAAGGAAAUAAGGGAGAGCAAGGAAUUCACGGUUCACCAGGACCAAAGGGCUCCAUAGGAAUUGGAUUACCUGGUCCAAAGGGUGACUAUGGAGAGAGGGGAGAACAAGGAAAGAGAGGUAACAAAGGAGAAAUUGGAGAGCCUGGCCCUCAAGGACCAAGGGGAUUUUUAGGACAAAAGGGUGAACCUGGUCUUACUAAAGAAGAAAUAAUCAAACUCAUUAUGGAGAUAUGUGGCUGUGGUGUUAAGUGCAGAGAAAAUCCUUUGGAACUUGUGUUUGUGAUUGACAGCUCUGAAAGUGUUGGGCCUGAAAACUUUGAAAGGAUUAAACAGUUUGUAAAAACUAUAAUUGACGCUAUCACAGUCAACCAAGCCACAACCCGAAUUGGCAUUAUCAAUUUUAGCCUCAAAGUAGAUGUGGUGUCCACGCUGCAGCAAUUUCCUACCAAAGACACUUUGAAAAACGCUGUUGAUGCAAUGCAGUAUUAUGGGGAAGGCACAUACACUGCUACAGCUAUCAGCAAAGCCACAGAGAUAUUUCAGAUGGCUCGACAAGGAGUUAGAAAAGUGGCAAUGGUUAUAACAGAUGGGCAGGCAGAUCAACGUGACCCGUAUAAACUGGAAGCAGUGGUGAGAGAUGCCCAUGCCCUCAACAUAGAAAUUUUUGUAAUUGGAGUGGUACAGAAGACUGAUCCCAACUUUGAAAAUUUUCGAAAAGAAAUGGAUUUAAUUGCUACUGAUCCAGACAGUGAUCAUGUUUACCAGAUCGAUGACUUCAUGACUCUGCAAGGUAAGACUCUUGAGGAUAAGAUUUUCAAACAAAUUUGUGAAAAUGACUUGAGUUCCUACAUCACCAAAGUGCUUAGUUCAGGUCUUUCUCCAAAAUUUGAAACCAGCGAACAUGGCAGUCAGGUAGCCAAAAUUGAUCUUCCUGGACCAUAUGCCCCCUCACUACAGCCAGAGACUAGUGACUCUAGACCCAGUGAGAAAGGAGCAUCCUAUUUGGAUCGGGAUCACAAUGUUUCCUCAACCACUUCCAAGCAUAUUCCUGACCAUCAUAGACGGCCAGUUAGCCAAGAUUAUUUGGAAUCUAGCACUCACCAUCCGGAUUUAGCAGCUGUGUCUAAUGUAACUAGACAUGUGCAACCUACACCAGCUGUUGUUCCACUUCCUACAGUAAUACAUGUUAUGAAAGAAACCAGGUGUUUAGAACCAAUGAAAACUGGAAGCUGCCGAAAUUAUCGAGUGAAAUGGUUUUAUGCCAAGGAUACAAAUUCUUGUGCCCGAUUUUGGUAUGGAGGUUGUGAAGGCAACCAGAAUAGGUUUGAAACCGAACAAGAGUGCCAAGCAAUUUGUGUUCAAGGAUAAAGAAAUCACAAGAUGUUAUAAGAAAAUGAAGCCAAAGUUUGCAUAAUCAUACUAAAAGAAAUUCAAAUGCUGUAUUAAUAGUACUUCUAUAAUAUACUUGGUGCUUUUAUGAAGCACUGACUUUUAUAGUUUUAUAAUGUCUUAUAAUGGUAUGAUAUGAUAUGAUAUAGAUUAUAGUGUAAUACAGUAUUGUAUCUUUAUAGAUGAUAGUUUUAUUUGAUAAAAAGCAGUUUACACUUUUAUGCUUAUUGAUCUAUGUUUCAGGAGCAAUUUUUAAUAAGCUAGAUAUCAAAGAUCAUCAUAAUUAGCAUAAACAUGGUUUUAUUAUGUUGAAAUGAAAAUAUUCUGUACCACACAAUAUAUAGAAUAGAAUGUGAAUUUUAGAUCAUCAUCAGAAACUGCAACAGCAACAAAUAGACAACUGUAUCAUAAUUGGGAACUUUCAAAAUAGAAUCUCUCCCUAUGGAUACAGCUAUAACUCUUUUCCUACAUCAAAGCCUAUGUAAUCUUGCAGCUAAGGAUAAUGAAAAUUUGGUUGUUUGCUCUUUCCCCUUUGGGUAUCUUUCUUCAGAUGCCAAGAUCCCGCUAUAAUUGUAGCAACAAGCCACAGAGAAUAAUUAAUGGCUACAGGUGUCCUGUUCAUAUCAAGACACCAUCCUGCCAAUUUAGUAAUACAUUUUAAGACUAUUAAGGUUAGUUUCUUAUGCAAAAAUCUCUGAGUAAAACAGGACCAGUAUUUUGAAUGUUAUUGUUAUUCCAUAUACUCUUGUUUCUCAGGGGUCUUAAACAAAAGAGGAAAAUAAAUUCAUAGUAAAUGUCAAAAUCAAUUAUAGAAGAAUAGGGGAAAGCACUGACAGAUGUAUAUAAGUAUAUUUUUUCAUACUGUAUUUUCCUUUUAAACUGUAUUUCUGCACCCAAAGUACUGUAUAUGCUAAAACUGAUGAGUGAUAAUUAAACGUAUCACAUG